AGCUUAAAUGUAGGAAAAGUUAGAGCUUUCGUAUCUGAAACCUGGUAAAAGAUAGUAAUAAACGACGGAAUGUUUUUCGAAAUAUAUUUGCAGGCGAACCAGAGAAUAAUAGACUCUGUGGCUACAAGGCUUAAAUUUCCACCAGAGCGAGUCAUAUCGAAUUUGGCUAAUUACGGUAACACGAGCGCUGCUUCGAUUCCUCUAGCUCUUGAUGAGGCAGUGAGAAGCGGGAAAGUUAAACCAGGACAUACCAUAGCCACAUCCGGUUUUGGAGCCGGUUUAACGUGGGGAUCAGCAAUUGUCCGAUGGAGAUGAAUGACUUUUAAGUCCCAACAUGUAAGUUUACUUCAGAGCCAAAGUUUUUUUUUCUCCCUCGAGGAACACUGGAAACUUGGUUUAAUAGGUCUUCUUUAGUCCGAUUAAACCUAGAGGUAAAGCGCAUUUUGUUUGAAUUCGGUCUCUCUUUUUGAUGAAGGUUUCAUUUGUUGUUUACUUUUGUUUAACUUGUUAGUUAUUUCGAAUGCUAAUAAUGAAAAAGAAGUAAAAAAUAGCAUUCUUUCAUCAUUUCUUCCUAGUUUGUAAUGUUAAGACAACAACAUUUUCUCCAUUUGCUUAAUCUUUUCUUCUUCUGUCUUUGAGAACUAUUUCAACCAAAUAUUUGUAGUUGACAUGUGACCAACCAAAUUUUUUUCUUAUUCAAUUGCAUUACCUAAAAAAGCAAAAAUUAUUGAGAUUUUACAAUCAAAGAUAAUAUAAAACUCGUGUCUCAUGUGUAAAAUCAAGAUUUUCUCAGCUAAAAAACACUUUAGAGAAUCCAAUGCACCAAGUAAAAGUAUAUGUAAUAAUUGGCGUAUUCACUUGUAUCUCUAUUAUAUGUUUCAUUUAAACCUUAAAACACAUCUUUUGUUAAGAAAGAAUGGAUCUGAAGGAGCGUCCUUUGAACGUAAGAGGCGACAAGAUAAGCGAAGAAACCAAGAGUUUGAUCUCUUCACUUCCUUCGGACGCAGAUGGCCAAGGGAAGAAGCUUUGUAAGUAUCAAGGAUGCUGGUAUUACUACAACACUCUCCAAGGCGUUCUUAAUUUCCACAGAGGUUUUCAACCGCAAGACACCGAUAUAAUCCUCGCUUCUUUCCCCAAAUCAGGCACUACAUGGCUCAAGGCCCUCACUGUCGCCCUCCUUGAGAGAUCGAAGCACCGUUCGUCUGAUGAUCAUCCUCUGCUCUCUGAUAAUCCUCAUGGAAUUGUACCAUUCUUAGAGAUUGAUGUAUAUAUUGAAAGCUCAAGUCCUGACUUGUCCAAGUUCUCAUCAUUUCCAAGGCUGUUCUCGACUCACAUGCCACUUCACACUAUGCAAGAGACACUCAAGGACUCGUCUCCUUGCAAGAUUGUGUACAUGUGUAGGUACGCGAAGGACACGUUGAUCUCGUGGUGGUUUUUCGUGUGUGCUAUGCAUAAAAUAGAACUAGACAAAAGCAUUCUCGAGUAUAUACACAAAUCGUUUUGUAGUGGAGCUAUCUAUUAUGGACCUUUUUGGGAACAUGUCCUGAGCUAUUGGAGAGGAAGCUUAGAAGACCCCAACCAUGUUCUUUUUAUGAGGUACGAGGAAAUGAAAGCAGAGCCUCGUGAUCAGAUCAAGAGACUUGCGGACUUCUUGGGGUGUUCUUUUACGAAGGAAGAAGAAGAUAAUGGAUUUGUGGAGGAGAUCUUGGAUCUUUGCUCUUUGCGUAAUCUGAGCUGUUUGGAGGUCAACAAAACCCGAAGAAUAAAUAACGUGGAUCACAAGGAUUAUUUCCGAAAAUGGGAAGUCGGUGAUUGGAAGAAUUACCUUACUCCUGAAAUGGAGAACAAGAUAGACAUGAUCAUCCAAGAGAAACUCCAAGGUUCUGGUUUGAAACUCUAGAUAUGGGUUUAAGUUAUCUUUGAUGCAACAUAAUAAGAGUACCUUCCCUUGUUUAUGUUCCUUAGUAAUGUAUUUUGAUUUGUACUUUAAUGUGUUUUAAUUUAAAAUUGUCAAAAUAAUAGCCAAUUGAAGAAAGGUGUAAGACCCUGGAACAACUCUUCAAACAGAGUGAAAAGCAAAGAAAUUGGGACAUAAAAAUUCUUGA